AUGUCGCAAAGCAGCCGGACAAGAUCCACCUUGGUGUCCAUUGCAAAGAAAGGUGACGUGGCCCCCUAUUUUAAGACGGAGCCCGGGCUGCCGCAGACCCACCUGGAAGGGAACCGCCUUGUGCUCACCUGCCUGGCGGAGGGGAGCUGGCCUCUGGAGUUCAAGUGGAUACGGAACGACAGGGACCUCACCGCCUACACCAGCGAAUACAAGUACAUCAUCCCGUCUCUGCAGAGGCUCGACACCGGCUUUUACCGCUGCGUGGUGCGAAACAGAAUGGGAGCCCUGCUGCGGAGGCGAUCUGAGGUCCAGGUUGCAUACAUGGGGAGUUUCACGGAGACAGAGCAGAGGGAGACGGUGUCUACCGGCCGUGCAGCUGUGCUGAACCUAGCACCCAUCGCCAGCCACCCUGCACCCCAGGUGACUUGGUUUCGUGAAGGACAGAAGAUCAUUCCGAGCAGCAGGAUCGCCAUCACUCUGGAGAACCAGCUGGUGAUCCUGUCCACAGGGCCGGGUGACGCCGGCUCGUACUACGUCCAGGCGGUCAACGAGCGGAGCGGGGAGAACAAGACGAGCCCUUUCACCCACCUGAGCGUGGCCAGAGGGACGGGCACCCCGGACCCCACAGACCCCGCCAUUGUGAUCCCUCCCAGAAACAGGAGUGUGGUGGCUGGAACCAGCGAGGUGACCUUGGAGUGCAUCGCCAACGCCAGGUCGGUGGACGAGCUGAGGGUGUCUUGGAGGAGAAAUGGAGCGAGGGUCAGCAGCGGGGUGCACACCUUCGGGAGGCGUCUCACCAUCAGCAACCCCACGUCGGCCGACAGCGGGAUGUACGUCUGCGAGGCCGCACUGAGGGGCAGCGCCUCCCAGCCGGCCCGAGCCACUGCCUUCCUCUCCCUCAUAGGGGCCCCCCUGCCCACCCUGCAGUGGUACAAGGACGCCGUCUCCCUCAGCCAGCUCCCGAACCCCCGCUACAAGGUGCUCCCCAGUGGGGGCCUGCGAAUACAGAAGCUGCUUCCGGAAGACUCCGGAAUCUUCCAGUGUUUCGCCAGGAAUGCAGGCGGGGAGGUCCAGACCCACACCUACCUGGACGUGACCAAUAUCGCCCCCACAUUCACGGGGCGCCCAGCUGACACCACGGUGACAGACGGCACAGUGGCCAUCCUCACGUGUGCAGUAUCGGGAGCCCCCAAGCCCGCCAUCACCUGGAAGAAAGGGACCCAGGUUCUGGCCAGCGGCUCUGUCCGGCUCCCCAGAUUCAUGCUCCUGGAGUCUGGGGGUCUGCAGAUAAGCCCCGUCUUCGUGCAGGACGCCGGGAACUACACCUGCUACGCUGUCAACACCGAGGGGGCACUGGACGCCUCGGCUGUUCUCACCGUGUGGAACCGGACAUCCAUCGUCCGCCCUCCCGAGAAUGGCAUGGUCAUCAAGGGGACCACGGCCACGCUGCAGUGCGGAGCCACCCACGACCCCAGGAUUUCCGUCCGCUACGUGUGGUGGAAGGACAACGUGCUCAUCAGCCCUUCGGGCAGCUCCAGAAUCCUGCUGGCGCGGGACGGCUCUCUCCUCAUCAGCCAGACGUGGUCGGGAGACAUCGGGGACUACACCUGCGAGAUCGUGUCCCAGGGCGGGAACGACUCCCGGACGGCCCGCCUGGAAGUGAUUGAGCUGCCUCAUCCGCCGCAGAACCUCCUGGCCAGCCUGACGGAGUCCCUGAGCCCCUCGGUGACGCUGUCCUGGGUGCGGCCCUUUGAUGGGAACAGCCCUGUCCUGUUCUACAUUGUGGAGAUCUCGGAAAACAACUCUCCGUGGAAAGUCCACCUGCCCAACGUUGGCCCCGAGAAGACAGCGGUCACCGUGAGUGGCCUGACCCCGGCCCGCACCUACCAGUUCCGAGUGUGUGCAGUCAACCAAGUGGGCAAGGGCCAGUACAGCGCCGAGACCAGCAGGCUGAUGCUGCCGGAAGAGCCACCCAGCGCCCCGCCGAAGAACAUUGUGGCCAGCGGGCGGACGAACCAGUCCAUCAUGGUGCAGUGGCAGCCACCCCCUGAGACGGAGCACAAUGGGGUGCUGAGAGGAUACAUCCUCAGGUACCGCCUGGCCGGGCUCCCUGGGGAGUACCAGCAGAGGGACAUCAGCAGCCCGGAGGUGAACUACUGCCUGGUGAGGGACCUGAUCAUCUGGACGCAGUACGAGAUCCAGGUGGCCGCCUACAACAGCGCGGGCCUGGGCGUGUUCAGCCGGGCCGUGACCGAGUACACCCUGCAGGGAGUGCCCACAGCGCCCCCACAGCACGUGCAGACGGAAGCGGUCAACUCCACCACAGUCCGGUUCCUGUGGAACCCGCCCCCUCAGCAGUUCAUCAACGGCAUCAACCAGGGAUAUAAGCUCCUAGCCUGGCCGGCAGACGUCCCCGAGGAUGUCACCGUUGUCACCAUUGCCCCGGAUUUCCACGGCAUCCACCAUGGGUACAUCACCAGCCUGAGGAAGUUCACCGCCUACUUCACAUGCGUCCUGUGCUUCACCACCCCGGGAGACGGGCCUCCAAGCACACCGCAGCUCAUCUGGACUCACGAGGACAGGCCGGGCGCUGUGGGCCAUCUGAGCUUCACCGAGAUCCUGGACACGUCCCUCAAGGUCAGCUGGCAGGAGCCCCUGGAGAAGAAUGGCGUCAUCACAGGCUACCAGCUCUCCUGGGAGGUGUAUGGGAGCAACCAGUCCCGACUGACGCAGGCCCUCAACAGCUCCACCCACGAGUACAAGAUCACCGGGCUGUCCUCCCUCACCACCUACACCAUCGAGGUGGCUGCCGUCACCGCUGUGGGCACUGGACUGGCCACCUCGUCCACCAUCUCCUCGGGCGUCCCCCCAGAGCUUCCCGGCGCCCCCUCCAACCUGGUCAUCUCCAACAUCAGCCCACGCUCGGCCACCCUCCAGUUCCGGCCCGGCUAUGACGGGAAGACGGCCAUCUCCAGGUGGAUCGUAGAGGGACAGGUCGGGGCCAUUGGCGACGAGGAGGAGUGGGUCAGCCUGUACGAGGAAGAGAAUGAGCCUGACGCCCAGACGCUGGAGAUCCCGAACCUCACGCCCUACACUCACUACAGAUUCCGGAUGCAGCAAGUGAACGUGGUGGGCCCGAGCCCAUUCAGCCAGUCGUCCAGGGUCAUCCAGACGCUGCAGGCCCCGCCGGACGUGGCGCCGGCCAGCCUCACCGUCCGCACAGCGAGCGAGACCAGCCUGUGGCUGCGCUGGGUGCCCCUGCCGGACUCCCAGUACAAUGGGAACCCUGAGUCAGUGGGCUACAGGGUCAAGUACUGGCGCCCGGACCUCCCGGCGCAGGCGCUGGCCCAAACCAUUCACGACCGGCUGGAGCGGGAGUUCACAGUGGAGGGCCUGGAGGAGUGGACGGAGUACGACGUGCAGGUGCAGGUCUUCAACGCCAUCGGUGCCGGGCCCUGGAGCGAGGUGGUACGGGGCCGCACUAGGGAGUCAGUGCCGUCUGCUGCUCCCGGGAAUGUGUCCGCCGAGGCCGUCAGCUCCACACAGAUCCUCCUGACCUGGGCUUCUGUGCCCGAACCGGACCAGAACGGACUCAUUUUGGGCUACAAGUGUGGCUUCUGGGAUGUGGAAAGGAGAUGGGCAGGACUCAAAGACAGUGGUGCCCAAGGACCCCCGGUGAGACUUGUCUUCCCGGAAGUGCGGUUGACGUCAGUCCGCAUCGUGUGGCAGCCCCCAGAGGAGCCCAAUGGCAUAAUUCUGGGUUACCAGAUUGCCUACCGCCUGGCCACCAGCAGCCCCAACACCUUCACCACCGUGGAGGUCGGCGCCACCGUGCGCCAGUUCACGGCCACCGAGCUGGCCCCUGAGGCCGCCUACAUCUUCCGGCUGUCGGCCAAGACCCGGCAGGGCUGGGGGGCCCCACUGGAAGCAACCGUCAUCACCACGGAGACGAGAGAGCGGCCGGCGCCACCCCGGCAGCUCCUGGUGCCCCAGGCAGAAGUGUCUGCCCGCAGCCUGCAGCUCCAGUGGACCCCGGGCAGUGACGGCGCGUCCCCCAUCCGCUACUUCACCGUGCAGGUGCGAGAACUGCCGGCUGGAGCCUGGCUCACCUACUCCUCAUCCAUCAGCCACGAGGCCACCACCUGCAUUAUUUCCAGGCUGAGGCCCUUCACCUCCUACAAACUGCGCCUGAAGGCCACCAACGACAUUGGGGACAGUGACUUCAGCGUGGAGACAGACGCUGUGACCACUCUGCAGGACGUUCCAGGAGAGCCCCCCAGCCUGGUCUCGGUGACCCCACACACCACAUCCUCAGUGCUGAUCCAGUGGCAGGCCCCUCGGGACGAGAGUCUGAAUGGCCUGCUGGUGGGCUACCGCAUCUACUAUCGGGAGCUGGAGGCCCAGGUGGGGGCCGAGGCUGGGCCGCUGAAGAAUCCGGCGGCCCUGCGAGCUGAGCUCACAGCUCAUGGCAGCUUCAAGAUGGUCAACAGCAGCUCCACGCUCACCACCUACGAGUUAGCACAUCUGAAGAAAUACCGGCGCUACGAGGUGAUCCUGACCGCCUACAACAUCAUUGGCGAGAGCCCAGCCAGCUCCCCCGUGGAGGUCUUCGUGGGAGAGGCGGCCCCAGCGAUGCCCCCCCAGAGUGUGCGUGUGAACCCCCUUACAGCCAGCCAGCUGGAGGUCACGUGGGACCCACCACCCGCUGAGAGCCAGAACGGGAACAUCCAGGGCUACAAGAUCUAUUACUGGGAGGCAAGCAGUCAAAAUGAGACGGAGAAGAUGAGAGUCCUGUUCCUCCCUGAGACGGCCGUGAAGCUCAAGAACCUGACAAGCCACACCCAGUACCUGGUCAGCAUCUCCGCCUUCAAUGCCGCCGGAGACGGGCCCAGCAGUGAGCCCCGGCCAGGCCGGACACAGCAGGCGGCUCCGGGUGCCCCCAGCUUCCUGAUCUUCUCAGAAAUCACCUCCACCACUCUCAACGUGUCCUGGGGUGAGCCGGCCGCUGCCAACGGUAUCCUGCAAGGCUACCGGGUGGUGUACGAGCCCCUGGCACCUGUCCAAGGGGUGAGCAAGGUGGUGACAGUGGACAUUAAGGGGAACUGGCAGCGCUGGCUGAAGGUGCGGGACCUCACCAAGGGAGUGACCUACUUCUUCCGCGUCCAAGCACGGACCAUCACCUACGGACCCCCCAUACAGGGCAACGUCACCGCAGGGCCUGCGGAUGGCUCCCCAGGCUCCCCCAGAGAUGUCGUGGUCACCAAGUCCUCCUCUGAGCUGACCCUGCAGUGGACGGAGGGGAAACCAGGCAGCACCCCCACCAGGGGCUUCCUCAUAGAAGCCAGGCCAUCAGAUGAAGGCUUGUGGGACACGUUUGUGAAGGACAUCCCGCGAAGCGCCACGUCCUACACCGUCCGCCUGGACGCACUCAGGCACGGCGUGUCCUAUGAGUUCCGAGUGGUGGCCGUGAACGCCGUGGGCUACGGGGAAGCCAGCAGCCCCUCCGCCACUGUGUCAGCGCAAGUGGAGGCCCCGUUCUACGGAGAGUGGUGGUUCCUGCUGGUGGUGGCGCUGGCCAGCCUGAUCAUCGUCCUGCUGGCCGUCUUCGCGCUGGUCCUGCACGGGCAGAGCAAGAAAUACAAGAACAGCAACUCAGGUAAGAACGUGGCCAACAUGGAGGAGACUGUGACCCUGGACAAUGGCGGGUUUGCUGCCCUGGAGCUCAGCAGCCGUCACCUCAGCGUCAAGGGCACCUUCUCCAAGAAGAACGGGACCAGGUCCCCUCCCCGGCCCAGCCCCGGUGGGCUGCACUACUCGGACGAAGACAUCUGCAACAAGUACAAUGGGACCGCGCUGACCGAGGGCCUGAAUGUCAAGGAGAAGUCGGUGGACGCGUCUGAGUCCGAGGCCACCGACUCAGACUACGAGGAUGAGCACCCCAAACAUUCCUUCGUCAACCACUACAUGAGCGACCCCACCUACUACAACUCCUGGAAGCGCCGGCCCCCCGGCGGCAAGGCCCUGGCGCCCUACCGCUAUGAGGAGUGUGCAGGGGGCGAGCCGGGACCCCGCUUCCAGACAGUGGUCACCACGCAGAGCUCUGGCGGCGUCUACACGCCUGCGGGCCCCCAGCCCGGCGCCCGCACCCCACUCACCGGCUUCUCCUCCUUCGUGUGACCGCUGGCCGCCGGACACACACGGACUUUCCUUUCCUUUUAAGACAAGCGACUCUGAGCCCGGCGCGGAAGUUUCUGUUGGCAACAAGCGGAGAAAGAAAGAGGGAGGGUGGGGGGUUCUAAGAAGGGUGCCUCGAAGGACUUGUCUGUUUCCAUUUCCUUAGGAGGGUUUUUUUAAUGGCUUUUUGUAACAGCGUUGCUGCGGCAAGCA